AUGUCCAACGCGCUCUCCCUCAUAGGCUGGGCCUUCUUGCCCAACCUAGCGACCUCCUGGGUCCAAUCGAUUUAUUAUGGCCUCGCGAUCCGCGCCGGCGACCCGAAGCCGCAGCCCGGCACCGCGAAGUACGCCGUCCACCGCCGACGCAUCUACAUCCUCGUCGUCUCCCUCUACCUCCUCUACACCCUAGUCGAAGCCGACCGCACACUCCGCCUCGACGGCACUUUCUACACCGACCUCGAUGUCGCCGAGAACGCCCCAGUCCGCAUCAUAAAGUCCCGCUUCCGUCGCCUCGCCGCCGUAUACCACCCCGACAAGCAGACCGGCGACUCGAACGCCGCCGCGGCGCGCUUCAUGCACCUCAAGACCGCCUCCGAGACGCUAUCCGACCCCAAUCGCCGCUUCGCCUACGAGCGCUUCGGGCCCAUCGUCGGCUCCUGGCAGAACUGCAAGACCAUCUACGACUACGUCUCCCGCGGCGUCCUCCAGGGCACCAUCCCCCACUACGGCAUCGCCGCCGCCGUGACCUACGGUAUGGGCCUGCUGGGAUACCUGGACUGGGGCCGCUACUGGCGCUGGCUCAUCCUGCUCACCUUCUUCGUCGCGGAGCUGAUCGUGGUCACACGCCCCGAGAUGCCCCCCUACCUGGCCAUGGCGAACACCGCGCUGAGCACUGUCUUGCGCCGUCCCCCGUACCUGCAGUUCCAGCUCGUGUCGCUCGCGCGCCAGGCUGCGGUGACGAUCUACAUUGCUCUGAGCCAGAUCGGACCCAUUCUGAACGUCGAGGCGCAGGCGGCGCAACGUGCCGCUGAGGGAUCGGCGGCUGCUGUCGAUGAGGGGCUUCAGCGGCUUGAAAACCUGGUGCGUGGACUGGACGGGGAGGCGAGCAGGUUGCUGGAUAUGGAGAUGACGCCCUUCUCGGGCGAUAAGGAGGCUUUGAGCAGCGUCAAGUCCAAGGUCAAGGAUUGGCUUGUGCAGAAUACCAUUCGCGCGGAUCCUAUGGUCAGAGAUGCGAUGGGCAAGUCGUUCCGCAAGAGGAGAGUAGACGCGCCCGCUGGUGCGAAGGGGAACAGAUAG